CUCAGCACUGCAUUGAAUUGUGGGUAAGUAGCUCAUAUUUCUGACAGUCAGCUGUUGCAGGAAAGUUUUGUCAUGGUCGGAUAGCUCUCUCUUUUUCCUCUCUGUGUUCCUCUUCUUGCACUGUCUUCAGCGACCACUUGCUUUCCUUCCGCCUUUUCCGUCACUGCAGUGUUUAACACACAAGAUAGACAGCUGGUCAACUCCAAUUCUACGCCAGACGAAAACUUCGGAACUUUACGGAAUGAGUUUGAACGAACAUUCCUUGCAGGCUCUGUCAUGGAGAAAAUUGUACUUGAGCCGGGCCAAGUUGAAAGCCACCAGCCGCACUUCAGCUCUUUUGUCGGGAUUCGCGAUGGUUGCCAUGGUGGAGGUACAGCUGGAAAGGGACUAUACUUAUCCUCCAGGGUUGCUGAUCGCCUUCAGUGCCUGCACUACAGUACUAGUCGCGGUGCACCUCUUUGCACUCAUGAUUAGCACCUGUAUCCUCCCAAAUCUUGAGGCAGUCAGCAAUGUUCACAACCUCAACUCGGUGAACGAGUCUCCCCAUGAGCGUAUGCACCGUCACAUUGAACUGGCCUGGGCCUUUUCCACUGUCAUUGGUACCCUUCUCUUCCUCACAGAAGUGAUGCUCCUCUGCUGGGUCAAAUUUUUACCUCUGAAAAGCGACACAGAAAAAAAUGGCACCAUAAGUGCUGGCCAAGCGGCAGCCAUCGCUUCCACUUGCAUCAUGGUACCUUUUGGCCUGGUUUUUAUUGUGUUCGCUAUUCACUUUUACCGCACACUGGUCAGUCACAAAACUGACCGGCAGAUCCGAGAGCUGGAGCAAGUUAUUCGGCUGCAGAACCAAUUGGAUCACAGGACGGAAAAUGAUGACCUGAAGACUGUUGACCAUUUCGCUUGAUUAAUUUGCUUGCUUGCAGGACCAUGGGACAUUCAGCAGUGCUUUUUGCUAUGAUGUUAAUUUUUGUGGACAAUGCUUAAAUAGUCAUUUUCCUCUUCCAAGCACGGAAGGGUUCUUGAUUUCCUGUUUACGUUAUUUUUGCAUAUUAUUUUAAUUCGAAAAACACGAGACAUGCUGCAUUAGUUCUGAAGCUUUGAUAAGAACGGCCAUAUAAAAUUGAACAUGCUCACACAACUCACAUGGAGGAAUUCAUGUGGUCAUUACCAUUAACAUAAUACAAUUUUUGAUAUGGAGGAAUAUUCUCAGUUUUGCAUUAUCAAAAAUUCACAGUAAGAAUUUGUUGUUGGGCUGCCUACUAUCAACAGAACAUUUCUGACAGAUCAAAAACUGUUUAAGGCAAAUCUCCGUAUUCACAUUGUUACACAUACAAUAUUGCGGAUGCACACAUGCCACCUAUUCACAAAGCUUAAUGGACAUCGGUGGCCUAGUUUCUGUGGAAUCCUGCUCACACAUAAACCAACAAAGAAGAAAAUACUUCUCAUGAUGAUGCAUGUUUUAGUUGAACUCAAAUUUAAGAUUAUUUAGUGUUGAUAAUCAGGAUGACAUUUCUGUUGAUGAUGGAUCAGUAUGUCAUUUUUUUAUCUCAUGGUGUGUGGAGUUGGUUUUAUUUUUGGAUUCAGAUCGAGGUACUCAAUUGUCAAUACAGAUGACUGUUAAUUUUAAUUUUAUUACAAGCUUCAUUUAAAAAUAUAUUUUUAACCUGUAGGAAGGUGGUAAUAUGUGCGUGGAUCUACAUAAUGUGAUCGUGGCUCUAAAUAAGUGGUUUUGCAUGCAAUUUGCUAGUCAGAAUUUGCACCAUAUCAAAACGCAUUGAAUGGCGAAAUUCAGACUCGCAGACAUAUAUCGCACCACGAUAACAUACAUGUUAUCGUGGUGCAAGGUGCUCAAAUGACGUUAGGCCGUCGGAGGUCAAGGCAAGCUCAGUGCUACGGUACAUACGCCACACUGGCGAGUUAACAGCGAUCUUUGGCUUGCUGCGUAGAUGGAAAACAGGACCGAAAUCGGAGUUGUGUUACGUUACAGCAUAUGUCAGCUGUAAGGAUUGGUCGAUAAUAAUAAAAGUUUGAAUGUAAUAUAAGAUAUUUAUAUCACAAGGGUUAACAGAGAACUUGGAGAGUUUUUAUUCUGACUUUUGGGGUCUGCAUAAUAAAUGUUCUAAAAAUUAUAUUGCAGUUAGUGUUUUCAUCUUUUCUUUAAAUAUAUACAGUUUUGCUAAAAAAUGCAAUCCAUUCAGUAAUGAUAGAAUAUAUAUAUAUAUAUAUAUAUAUAUAUAUAUAUAUAUAUAUAUAUAUAUGGGAUUUACCUACCAAAAAAAAGAUCAAACGAUCCUCAAAAUUAGAAAGUUGCUCAUCAAGAACUCAUCAUGAAGUAAUUUGAUUUUUGUACCCCACAGCGAGUUAUUUCAAGCUUUAUGUGAUGCAUUGUUUUAGGGCUGUUAGACUCUCCAUUUCUAUGAUCACAGAAGACUUUUUUGUAUACUUAAUUCAAAAUCAGAAUAAUUAUUUCACUAAAGAAACCAAAAACUACGCUACCCGUGACUUCUCAACAUAAAUUAGUACACCCCAACAGUUGUUGAGUUUUCUUUCAGAAUCAAUAUACUGUAUUCUAUGGCAAAUGUGAGAUUGUCAAUGUGGAUUCAAAAAUGGAUUUUCCUCUGAGCUUGAAUUUAUUGUUACAAUAUUUAAAAAAAUGAAAAGAUAUAUUUUUGCUAAAAGAAAAUUAAAACGACGUACGUUGUAUUAUGCACCACUUCAGUUCUCACCAUGAAGAUUUACAAAGCCCAUUUACAUGGUUGAACAAAAUCACAAACAUUAAACCAAAAAAUAAAUAAAUUAAUGACUGUCAUAGUGAACCCAAUCAUUAAAAUAACUUUUGUUCUUGUAUUUAAUGAAUAAUAGCUUAAAAGCAGACCUUUCAUGGGGCAUAUAUUACUCUGUUGAGCACUGUAAAUGAGCAACAUCUUAGCUGCAAGAAACAUGCUCAGUGGUUAACAGAAAUUAUGAAAUGGAAGUCCUUCAGCCACAGCUCUGUAGCUAUAUUCAUAUGGUAGCAUUGAGAAAACUCUUCACAGCAUUUGUUUCAAAAAUAUAAUUAAAUAAACAUGCUAUUCAUUUUCACAGAUUGUCAGUUAUGCAUGUUUUUUGGAAAUGUCUGGAAAAUGUAUCUUAGUUGAUAGUUUAUAUACUUCAGCAUGCUUGCGUGUUGCAAAUGUUGAUAGUUUACAUACUUUAGCAUGUUCACAUGUUGCAAAUUUUAUUUGAUGUGGUAUGUACAUUGUUGUCCUGUGGUGGCACAUGUUGAAUUCUGUUAAUGUGUUUUUCUUCUAUUCUUUUGUUUGGGCACCAAGACUCUGGUUAUGAUGAAAUGAGUGAUGUAGUACAUGCAUGCUGGUAUGCAAAUAUGAAUAUCACUUACUCUGGGUCAUGUCACGUGACAAUCUGGGCAAAGAGCCUCUCAGCCCACAUCUUGUGACUUGUUUAGAACAGAUAAUUGCUCUGUUCCAUAGGUUGACUUUUGUGGUUUAUUUAUUCAACUGAUUGUAUUGUGGUUUAUACAGAGGUUCCAUGAAUGUAUACUAUGUAGUGCAGCAAAUCUGGUGAGCUUUACCAAGGUGAUGUUUGUUGCCAAUUUCAAAAUAAAACGCGUUUUGUGUUACUUAA